AAAGGAACGCGCGUUUGCAGGAGGAGGAGUAAAGCGGUGAUUGUGUAAUUAAAUAAUAAAACAAUCCUUAAGUCUGAUUUGGAGAGAGCUCGAGCGGGGUCCAGAGGGUGGAACCGGUGAAUCUUUCAACUUGCAAGUUUUUCAAGAAAAGAAAGCGAGAGAGGGAGGGGGAAAAGCGCCCAGAACAGAAAAGAGGAGUUUGCAGCUGAGCGGGAUCGUUCGUUUGGGAAUUUUUCAGGAGGUCCUUCUGAUCCUUUCCGUGGGCUGUGGGCAGCGGCACCGGCAGCGGCGUCCACGCUCGGCGGGUCAGACGUGGGGCGCGGCGGGCGGGCGGCUGUGCAGCGGGGCCCAAGCGCAGCAAAGUCUUUUCCGCCCGGGAGCUCGGCGCUCGCGCCCCCUCCCUCACCCCGGCCUCUCCCUGCUCCCCCCCUCCCCACCCCCACCCGGCCCUCUCCGGCGCGCGCCCCGCCACCCGCGCGCACUCGCUUGCGCUCCCCCUCGCGCACACACAUGGUCGGCUCGCGGCAAAGUUUCGCCUGCGAUCGCCACUCCCGGAUCCUGCUGCAGUGUUCGAGGCGGUAACCUUGAACUUUCCCAGCGCGGUGACACAUUCUCCUCGCUUUCCCCACCGCCUGGCCUCCUGCGCCCCCCUCCCCGCCUUUUUUUAAAAAAAGCAUUUCAUCAUCCACUACCACCCCAAUCCAACCCAUACCGAACCCUCGAGCAGAGCACCCCAAUCCCACAACAACAACAACAACAACAACAACAACAACAACAACAACAACUGCAAAACUGAAAACAAAUCCCCCAAACCGGGCGACCAGCAGCCUGCACCGGCGGCGGCCUCCGAGAGCUCGGCCGGCGCGCGCGGACCGCAAGAGGGUUAAAACUGUAGAUUGGAUUUCACCCCGGGAAAUCUAGCACGCCGAGUGAACUUGAAUCUUUGGCUAUUUAAGGAGGACUGGGUUUGUUGCGAAGUUGCGGUGAUCCGGCGCAGAGCCCCGUCCUGAUUGAUCGCAUCGCUGGGCUCAGAUGACUGUAAAAUGAAUAGAUGAAAUCCUUGCUUCUCGAAGAUUUUCUUGGGCAUCUCCGGGAAAGUGCGUUUUAAGGCGAAGUCAUGAUGUAUUCUCCCAUCUGUCUCACUCAGGAUGAAUUCCACCCAUUUAUUGAGGCUCUUCUUCCACAUGUCCGUGCAAUCGCCUACACUUGGUUCAACCUGCAGGCUCGAAAACGCAAGUACUUUAAAAAGCAUGAGAAACGAAUGUCAAAGGAUGAAGAAAGAGCAGUCAAGGAUGAGCUGCUCAGUGAAAAGCCGGAAAUCAAACAGAAGUGGGCAUCCAGGCUCCUGGCCAAACUGCGCAAAGAUAUCCGCCAGGAGUACCGGGAGGACUUUGUGCUUACCGUGACUGGCAAGAAGCACCCGUGCUGUGUCUUAUCCAAUCCAGACCAGAAGGGUAAGAUUAGGAGGAUCGACUGCCUGCGACAGGCAGACAAAGUCUGGCGUCUGGAUCUGGUCAUGGUGAUCCUGUUCAAAGGCAUCCCUUUGGAGAGUACCGAUGGCGAGCGGCUCAUGAAGUCCCCACACUGCACAAACCCAGCACUUUGUGUCCAGCCUCACCAUAUCACAGUAUCAGUUAAGGAACUUGACUUGUUUUUGGCAUACUACGUGCAGGAGCAAGAUUCUGGACAAUCAGGAAGUCCAAGCCACAAUGAUCCUGCCAAGAAUCCUCCAGGAUACCUUGAGGACAGCUUUGUAAAGUCCGGAGUCUUCAAUGUAUCAGAGCUUGUGAGGGUAUCCAGAACACCCAUAACCCAGGGAACUGGAGUCAACUUCCCAAUCGGAGAAAUCCCCAGCCAGCCGUACUAUCAUGACAUGAACUCUGGUGUGAACCUGCAGAGGUCGCUGUCUUCUCCACCGAGCAGCAAAAGACCCAAAACUAUAUCCAUAGAUGAAAAUAUGGAGCCAAGUCCUACAGGAGACUUUUACCCCUCUCCAAAUUCACCAGCUGCUGGAAGUCGAACAUGGCAUGAAAGAGAUCAAGACAUGUCUUCUCCAACUACAAUGAAGAAGCCUGAGAAGCCACUAUUUAGCUCUACAUCUCCACAGGAUUCUUCCCCAAGACUGAGCACUUUCCCCCAGCACCACCAUCCCGGAAUACCUGGAGUCGCACACAGUGUCAUCUCCACUCGAACUCCACCUCCACCCUCACCGUUGCCAUUUCCAACGCAAGCUAUCCUUCCUCCAGCCCCAUCAAGCUACUUUUCUCAUCCAACGAUCAGAUAUCCUCCCCACCUGAAUCCUCAGGAUACUCUGAAGAACUAUGUCCCUUCUUAUGACCCAUCCAGUCCUCAAACCAGCCAGCCUAACAGCAGUGGUCAAGUAGUAGGGAAAGUGCCUGGCCAUUUCACUCCUGUCUUGGCACCCUCUCCCCAUCCCAGUGCAGUGCGACCUGUGACUCUGACCAUGACAGAUACUAAACCCAUCACUACAUCCACUGAAGGUGAGGCAGCUUCACCUACAGCAACCACCUACACAGCCUCAGGCACAUCUCAAGCCAAUCGAUAUGUGGGACUAAACCCAAGAGACCCAUCCUUCCUGCAUCAGCAACAGCUGAGGAUUUGUGACUGGACCAUGAAUCAAAACGGCAGGCAUUUAUACCCCAGUACCAGUGAGGAUACAUUGGGAAUUACUUGGCAAAGUCCUGGUACCUGGGCUAGCUUGGUUCCUUUCCAAGUGUCAAAUAGGACACCCAUCUUACCGGCAAAUGUCCAAAAUUAUGGUUUGAACAUAAUUGGAGAACCUUUCCUUCAGGCGGAGACAAGCAACUGAGGGAAAAGAGACACACCCACAGUGUAAGAAAAUUAGGGAGAAAAACAAAAACAAAACACACUCAAAGCAAAGGAAGAGAAGACGACUGGACAGAAGGGAGGAGGAGAGAAACGGAAGGAGGAAGACAGUAGACCAGCAUUGCAGCACUUACAAUCACUAAUUCCCUUAAGGUUGAAACUCUGAUGACACGAAAGGGUCGAUGAUCUCUCACUGAUGUUAGACUGCAGCCCUGCAACGUAGCCUUUGUUACAUGAAGUCCGCUGGGAAAUAGAUGUUCUGUCUCUAUGACAAUAUAUUUUAACUGACUUUCUAGAUGCCUUAAUAUUUGCAUGAUAAGCUAGUUUUCUUGGUUAGUAUUCUUGUUGUUUACGCAUGGAGUCACUAUUCCUGGUUAUCUCACCAACGAAGGCUAGAAUUCCUGGUUAUCUCACCAACGAAGGCUAGAAGGCGGCGUCAGAGGUGCUGGGGACAGAGCCAUGAGCCAGUCAUUUUAUAAGCACUCUGAUUUCUAAAAGUUAAAAAAAUAUAUAUAUAUAUAAAAUCUCUGUAGCCUUUAGUUAUCCAUACAGAUUUAUUAAAUUUUGGCCCUUAACCCAGCCUUUUCCAGUGUGUAACCCAGUUUGAAAUCUCAAAAAAGAAAAAAAAAAUGAAAAAUAGGAAAAAAAAAAAAAAGGUUUGAACUCAAAGGCUCUAUGGAAGAAAUGCCUCUAUGUGGGUAAAGUGUUACCUCUGCAUGCAACAGUAAAAAUUAAUAUAAUAUUUUCCCCACAAAAGAAACACUUAACAGAGGCAAGUGCAAUUUAUAAAUUUAUAUCUAAAGGGGAAUCGUGAUUAUAAGUCCUUCAGCCCUUGGACUCUAAAUUGAGGGGAUUAAAAAGAAUUUAAAAUAAUUUUGAGUGAAUUUAUUUUCCCCUCAGUUUUUGAGGGCAUUUAAAAAGGCAUUAAAUCAAGACAAAUCGUGUGCUUGAACAGAAAAAAGGAAGUGAAUGAAAACACAGCACUUAGGAUGGCUUAGCUGCGGCCUCCUCGGAGGUAGAAUUAUUUAUUUAAAAUUACUGGUUGCAUCAAGAACCCAUAGGGUGUACAAGUGGUUCUAUAAAAUCUGCAUCGUAGAGACAAAGAGGCAGGUAAAUCCAUGUCACAAGGGUGAAGCUUCCAGUGUACAGGCUGGGAACGCCAGGGCAUAGGGUAGGAAAACACACUCUUCAGAGAAGUGCCAUCAGGGUGCUGGAAACGUGCAUGGUGCUCUCAGACAUUAGCCUUGUUCAACACAUUUCUCGUAUUGACAGAUUCAUAGUGUGCAUGGGCAGACACAUGUUGCCUCUAUGUCUCUUAAAAUUUUAAUUAAAAGUACUCUUUCCAGUAAUCCUAAUUUGCACGAAGAUAUAAUGUCCACAUUACGUGCCUUGCCUUGAAAUCUAAAAAAACAAAAGACAAAAAAAAAAAAAAAAAC